AUGAGUGUCCUCUCUGUUCUCCAGCGAUGGAACACGGAGCGGCGCAAGAUGUACUACUGGGUCGGCACCUUUUCCUGUGUGGUGGGUCUUCUCCUCUUCAUCUACAUUAUCCUGUCGAUGGUCUUGAAAAACCAGAGUGUCGUGCCGAACUUUAUCGCCGGCUACUGUGCCAUCUUCGCAACACUGAUGUCGCUCUUCCAAAUUCUUGAGCAUCUCACCUGCUUCUCUGACCCGGAGUGUCAGACGAAAAUUGUGCGCAUUCUGUUCAUGGUGCCCGUGUUCGCCGUCAUCUCUUCGAUCAGCCUUCUCGCCCCUGGCGUGGCAGAGUAUCUCAACCUUAUCCGCGACACGUACGAGAGCUACGUCAUCUACGCCUUCUUCCAGCUCAUGAUGGCUCUGAUGGGUGGCAUCGACACGGUGUACCGCACCCUCAUGAUCGAGGACCGCCCGCCGGUGCGGCAGAUCUUUCCUUUCUGCUACCUAGAGCCCAUCAAGGUGACCCCGACCUUCGUACAAAACUGCCGCCUCUGCCUCUUUCAGUUUAUGCUGCUGAAGCCGCUUGUCACGAUUAUUGUCCUCAUCCUCACGGCCAAGAACGCGAUGGGCUCGAGCAUGUUUGACCUUACCAAGGGAAGGUUCUGGACGUACUUGGUAUACAACAUCUCCAUCACGGUGGCUUUCACAGCGUUGCUCUACUUUUACAUGGGCUUGAAGGGUUUGAUAGAGGGCCGCAAUGUGUUCUUGAAGUUUUUGUGCAUCAAGGCGGUAGUCUUCCUUUCCUUUUGGCAGGGCUUGCUCAUCCAGUUCAUAUCAGCCGCAGGUCUGCUGCCCACAUUCUCGUAUUGGAAGGCCGAGGACACCCCGGCGGCGCUGCAGGACUUACUGAUUUGCGUAGAGAUGAUGUUUGUUGCCUUCGCACACAAGUACUGCUUCGGCAGCGACGAGUACAUCGUCAACGGCGGCGCCGACGGUUGCGUUAUUGAGGACACCUCGAACCCGGAAGGUGGGCAGACGCGCAACAUUCCGCCUAUCCGCUAUUCCGUCACGGAGAACCUCAAGUACACACUGAAGCACGAGGAUAUACUGAUGGAUGUGAGCGACAUCGUGCACAACCGGUGA